CUUCCAGAUCUCACCACUGGAUCUGUGGCCUGUUGCGUCCAAAAAUAGCCCGACAGAGAGAAUAAAUAGACCCACUCGGUGGCCUGCUGAUACACAAGGGGAGACGACACUGGACACUAAGAGAGACACACUAAGAAGCACUGCUUGGUCUUUCUGCAGGACAACAACUCAGCUCUUUUAAGAAAAUCUGCUGAGGUUUUUUGAAGUCUUGAAGAAAGAAAGUUAAUAUUUGUGAAAGUGUUGCUGGAUUUGGCCAGUUUUAUUUCUUCCAGCGAGACCAAAGGUAAAUGGAUAUUCUGAACAGGAUGAAGUACUACAAAUGCCCCGUGUCCCACACUAUGGGAAUCAAGGCUUACAGCAAGGACUGCGGCGUCCCGGUCAGCUGCAAGAGCUCCGCUUCUCUGAAGCCAAUCCGCAGUGUGCACUUCCCCAACGACAUUGUUUUCCAGGACUACGUGCGACACGGCGAGCUGGAGAGGAUGGGGCUUUUCAUCCGAGCCAGGAGAGUCAGCCUGGACACCAUCUACCCCUCUGGCAUGGCUGCCAUCCACGAGGCCGUCCUGUCGGGGAACCUGGAGUGUGUGAAGCUGCUGCUCCACCACGGAGCCAAUAUCCACCAGAGGGACGAGGAGGGGUGGACCCCACUGCACAUGGCCUGCAGCGACGGCUUCCCUCAUAUUGCACGCUUCCUGCUGUCGCUGGGUGCCGACCCUGAGCUGGAGAACGACUGCGGGGAGAAGCCUGCCGACCUCAUUGAGCUGGACAACAAGGAGCUGCAGGAGCUCUUUGGGCUGGCCGUCAGUGACUGAGAUCAGGUUUGGUGCUUUUAAAGCCACAAACUGGUCUGAAUGCCACUGGCCAGUCAAAGAAUGUUCUGCAGGGAUGGACACAAGAGGACAUAGUCGGUCCAGCAUCCUGCUUUAGUGAGCGGCCUGAGCUCUGAAGGUGGAAGGCUGUGGAUGUCUGGCGGCCGUAGGGCUGACAGCUUAUUGGCUGCCUCCUGAAUGGAGGGAACUUCUGCUGGCAGGGGCUGCCCCCCUGAUCUCCUGCAGUACAGAUUUACUGUAUCCUGCAGGAGCUUCUGGUCAUUUCAUAUGCAAUGAACUGGAGGAAUCAUUUGGAUUUGAUGUGGCAUGUUGCUUCUGAACGCUGUGAAACUUGAAACUGUUUCAACGUCAGCUCAUUACCACCUGAAAGCUAACAUUAGCUUGUGUUGACUUCCUUACUAACACAUUUGUUUACACAAACAACCCUAGUUUACUGUAUUCAUAAGUUGUUAGUAUAAGGCUUUUUAUACUUAUAUUUAUACACUAAAAUAAACUGUAUCAAACAAUUUCA